UAGAACUCGGCAAAAUGUCUUGAUUUUAGCAAAGUUAGCUAGGCUAGCUCACCUUAGCGAGUGAUUAAGAAAGUUAACGUUACUUAGAUAAUUUAGCUACAUGGGGAAUAACAUUUUAAUCCAUAGCUUCAAGGCAAUGCACUCUUUUUGCAGUGUUGUUCGAUCAUUUAAAAAUGUGUUUAUAAGAGAUUUUAGGAUGUAUUUUAAUCUGAUGUUGGGUAACGCCAGCUCAUGUCUGCUUAAAUACGGUUUGCUGGCUUGCACGUGAGGCCAUGAACCGUUAAUGUAACUCGUAAAAUUAACGAACUAGUUGGGAUUAGCCUAGUUGCACGUCAUUGUGGUUUUAGCUACGCAUCAGGUUUAAAACCGGUAGCUAGCCGGUGUUAGCCAACAUACUAACCUCAGAUAAUUGCAAGUGAACUAGCUAGCUAAACGUUAGCUGGCUAGCUAAUUACAUUAUGAUCUGCGUUACCUAGCGUUUAGCCAUGUAAUGUAAAGUUGCAAUAAAUGUGCUUGCUAUCUUGCCACACGAUGAUAAAAUGCUUAUCAAACGAAGUCCAAGCCAAGCUUCGGUCUGGAAUAGCAAUAUUUUCAUUACAACAGUGUGUUGAAGAACUCGUCUUGAAUGGCAUAGAUGCUGGGGCGACCUGCAUUGCUGUGAGGUUGGAUAUAGAAGCGUUCAAAGUGCAGGUUAUAGACAAUGGCUCCGGGAUGGGCAGGGAAGACAUGGAGCGGGUCGGAAAGAGGUACUUCACAAGUAAAUGCAGUUCCUUAGAAGACCUGGAGAGUCUUCGGUUUUAUGGAUUCAGGGGCGAAGCUGUUGCAAGCAUAGCUUCUCUUGCUACCCUGGUGGAAAUUUCCUCCAGGUCCAGGCUGUCAGGAAAAACAUUUGUGAAAAUCUUCAAAGAUGGGAAGGGCAUGGAUGUGUUUGAGUCUGAGAGCUGUCGCCCAUCAACCGGGACGACUGUGGUGAUAUGCAACUUUUUUCACAACAUGCCAGUGAGAAGGAAGAGGGUGGAUGCUGUGCUGGAAUGUGAACGCAUCAGGCAGAGGGUGGAGGCCAUUUCACUUAUGCACCCUUCCAUCUCCUUCACCCUGAAGAAUGACUCUACUGCAGCCAUGGUGGUGCAGCUUCCCAAGGUGAAGAGCACCUACUACAGGUUUGUCCAGAUCCAUGGUAUGGCAAGGGCCCAGAAGCUGGCAGAAAUUAGCCUCUCACACAGCCAGUUUGAAAUGAGUGGCUACAUUGGGUGUGAGGGACACUACAAUAACAGCCUUCAGUUCCUGUUUGUGAACAGUAGGCUUGUCCUGAAAACCCGCAUCCACAAACUGCUGAACUUUCUUUUGAAGAAAACAAAUGCUUCGGGCAGGCAGAAUGGAAAUCAGGGUGGGUCCCCUGCUAUGGGAAGCCCAAAGCAACGGACUGAGGCGCAUGGGGUGUACAUUAUCAAUAUUAAGUGUCAUUACUCUGAGUAUGACAUAUGCCUGGAGCCAGCUAAGACCCUCAUUGAGUUUAAAGACUGGGAUGGUGUGCUGUCGUGUGUGGAGGAGGGGGUGAAAGAGUUUCUCACCAGAGAGAAUUUAGUGGCUGAGAUUUCUCCUGAGGAUGUCUGCAGUUAUGUCCAUGGGAAUUAUUGUAUUGAAACAGUGGGCGGCACUACGAGUGUGAAAGACGACGCAGCAGUGCAUGCUCUUCCACCCACGCUCAGUAUGACUGAAGAAUUAUACAAUGGGAACAAGCUGAUGUCUAAAUCUGUUCGCAGGAUGUUUGAACAGGAUUUAGUCAGGACAAAAAGUGUCCACGUAGAUGAAGGUAAUACAGUGGGCGAAGAGCCUGUUCACUGGAUGCAUGCACAGGAUGACAUGGAAGAUGAUACGCUGGGUGAAGAGCGAAAGAAGCUGAGAAUAACUGAGAUUCCAAGAGACCAAGAGCAAACAAUGGAACUUGCCCCCUUGAAAGUAGCAUGCCUAUCCCAUUCAUUCGAUUCAGGGGGUGAUGAAAGGGCAAUUAAAUGUGAUUCAGUUGCAUGGACUAGUACGCAGAAAUCUGAGCCCCUGAAAUGCAUUAUUGAAGGUGUGGUGAGCCAUCAGAAUAUACAACUAGAAACUGUUGUCGGUACUAGUGAUUUUGGAUGUAGUGAACUACAAUGCAGUGUCAAUACAAAAACCUUGAUAAUGGGUGAACAGCAGAGUAUAAGCCAAAAAGAGUGUAUAGAAAAAAUAGAUGACAUAACCCUUGACCGAAAAAUUUAUGAAUGGUGCAAUGAGGGGCUGCUGCAUCACACCAGUUUGGAAAAGCAGACGGGUGAGGCAAGUGAGUUAGGAAGGGCAGCUCUGCAGCUUGGUUCAGUAGGAUUCAUUAAACACUUGGUACCUCAGCUGCAAAAUGCAGACGUACCAAAAACCGACGUACCAGGGGGACUAAGUAGGGCGUGUUCCCUAGGCCCGGUUUCAGCUCAGGAUCUGCUGCCACUCAAGGAGUGCCAUUCCAGGGGUUAUGGGAGUUCAGCAAUGGUACCUUCAAGUCACUCCACUCUGUCAUCUCAUAAAAGUGACAUUUACAAAAAGAGUGAAAGUUCAGCUUUUGAAGCUCAGGAAAAUCAUCUUUGCACUCCAAAGAGAAAGCUUUCAUUGUCAGGUGAGCCCUCUGUCAUCACAUCAAAGGCCUCCAGGAUCAAGCCAUGUCCAAAACUGGCUUUGUCAGUGCAGACUGGAUCUCUUGACAGAUUCAGGAGAAUGUAUGGAAAGCUGACAGGAGCACAAUGUUGGCCUCUCGAAACAGCAUUUGAUGCCAGAAUGUCCCAGACAGAAUGUACAUCUGUUAACACAGAGAAGCUUUCACUCUGUCAGUCAGAGGAAAGUGAAACAAGUGAGACUUUGAAAAAGUAUUCUUCACAGCUCAGUGAUUGUUGUGUAACUCUCUCAGAGUACACCAGACUUAAGCCUUUUACAGUUCAGACCAGGGGCAGCAAAGGGUCUCUUGCAGCCAAGCUCUCACGUUUGAAACAGAAUCAGGUAAAAGAUAAGAGCAGUGAACUGGAAAAGCCUCUGGAGGAAGCUUCAUUUUUUUCCGGCUCACUCAAUUGUACAUUGACAGACAAGCUCAUGCAAGAUAGUUGCAAUACGGAAGAACGGACUUAUAUUCCAUCUGAUGAUGUCGCCCCAGACCUGAACGCUAACCAUCAUCAUUCUCAAAUGGAUGUGCACUCUUAUACAUGUGACUGCACAAAGUGUGCAGAUGCCUGCAAAAAUGCCUUCACCACAGCCCAAACCAUACCCACUCCAAUAAUCUCUGUUGGAGAUUCUAGUGCUGACUCAGUGCUAAUAUUCUCCACCCAUAAUCCAGAUGUCUGUUCAGAUGAGGUGGUAAACCCCAUUGAUAAUGACGAACCUCCGUGCAUUGAUACUACUCAGGGAGAAAACAAGCAGAGUGAAAGUGUAGCAGUAGGGUCCAAUGAUUGGUUGGAACACUUUGAUGAUUCCAUUGGGAAAGUGGUCUACAUUAACAAAGUGACAGGACUCAGUAAAUUUGAAGCUCCUGCAGCAGAAGAGACCCAUGUUCCAUGUACCACAGAUGUCACCACCAUGUCAAUUAGUGUCAUCUCUAGGAAAGGAUUUGAGUACACAUGCUACCCAUUUCAGUCAGAGCUAGUGUUGCCAUUCCUACCUAGGUCAAGAGCAGAGAGAGUACUUAGUUCAGGGCUGGACCAUGCAGAUGGUUCAGAGGCUGCCAACUCACUCACCUCCUUGUUCUCUGAGUGGUCCAACCCAGUGUUUGCUCGACCUCCAGAGGUGGCUGUUGAUGUGACCUGUGGACAGGCAGAAGGCCUGGCGGUGAAGAUCCACAACAUUCUCUAUCCAUACCGAUUCACCAAAGACAUGAUCCACUCCAUGAAGGUGGUCCAUCAGGUGGAUAAGAAGUUUCUUGCAUGUCUUAUUAACACAACAGACACGGAUGCAGAGAGUGGUGAUACUGAAGGAAACCUACUGGUGUUGGUGGAUCAGCACGCUGCUCAUGAGCGGGUCCGGCUGGAGAACCUUAUCACAGAAUCCUAUGAGGAAGACCCUGAGGCACCUGGGCAGAAGCGUUUGUGUUCCUCCAGUGUCACUCCUCCCCUGGAGAUCGUGGUCACAGAGGAGGAGCUUAGGCUACUGAGGUCCUGUCAGCCCUUCCUCAGGGGCCUAGGACUGGAGAUAAGGUUUGCAGAGACGGGGGAUCCCCACUUGCUUGUGGGGAAGGUGCCAAUGUGUUUCGUGGAGAGAGAGGCCAGUGAGCUUCGCCGAGGGAGGCAUACUGCUACCAAGGCUAUUGUGGAGGAAUACAUUCGAGAACAGAUUGAGUUAUUGCGGUCCGCAGGCCGAGUGAGAGGGACACUGCCUCUAACUGUCCUGAAGGUCCUGGCUUCUCAGGCCUGUCACGGAGCAAUCAAGUUCAAUCACAGUCUGAGUGUGGAGGAGUGUUGCAGCCUGGUGGGCUCCCUCUCGACCUGCCAGCUCCCGUUCCAGUGUGCCCACGGCAGGCCCUCCAUGGUCCCACUGGCUGACCUGCUCCAUUUGGAUAACCAUCAGCAGGAAUCUUCUAAACCAAACCUCCGAAAACUCAGACAGAUGUAUCGAGCCUGGGAACUAUGUGGACAGAAAUAGUUUUGUUUUUUGUUUUUUUUUUUACUGUUGAAGAUGCAUUCCACAAACAUCUUGUGGAGUUUCCUCAUGUAUUUAUUUCUGCUAUUUCAAUUCAAAUUAUUUAAUUUAUUAAUUUACCCUUUCAUCACCCUUUAACAAUAUGGACCUAGAGAAUUUUACCUAAAUAUUGCAGAUUCACCUUCAUGUAAUUUCAUGUGUUUCUCACGUGUAUGUGUGUACAUCUGUGUGUAUAAGGAGCUUGCCAUUUUCAAAAGACUAAUCCUAAAUUCUUGGUGCCAGUAAAUCGGUUUUCUGGGUUUAGGUUUUAACUCAAAAGACCCUUUGAUGAAUGAAAUACUCUAAAUGUCUGUAGCAUUGAAAAUUGACACAGAGGGUUGGAUUAAAUGCUGAGUUUUAUUUACUUGGUUAUGAUCAUGAUUUAUUUACAGUUCAUGAUCUUCUGGGUGGUAGAGUUCACUCAUUAGACGAUAGAUGUAAGAUGGGGCGUUCCCUCCGAUGUUUGAGAUGAACAGUGUGAUGAGUUCGGGAGGCACGUAGUCAAACACAGGGCAGUGCACAUUCACCUUGGACAGAAUUUCACCUGUAAAACAAACACAAACAAUUGCGAACAAAUUCAUGACAAAUCCUCAAAUGAACUUUUACUUUAGUCAGCAUAUUUUGUACUUUAAUUGCCAGUAUAGGUUUUUAUGACUUGAUCUACAGAGAACAUACCUUCUGUAAAUGGAAGCACUUCCUGUGGCGAUACAAAUUUGUGGAAAGUGUCUUCUUCAUUUGGAAACUAGUGGCACAAAUAGGAAAACAAAAAUUCCAGUUACUCCUUGACUCCUUCACAAUUUUCGAUAAUUUCCAAUGCGUCAUAGCUCUGUAUAAUCCUCUGAAGCUAACAUUAUGUGAUGAGUUCAUCUGCACAGUACAUGCUCAUCUGGAGGGUAUUGAGAGCGCAUGUGUAGGUUGCUAUGCCCUCACCUGUGGUGAGAGUUUGAACAUUGGUGCACAGACGAUGAGCGGAGUAGAGUGAUGCUUCGCUGCCAGUGCCAGGGUGUGAGUCCCGAUGACUGCACGGAGUCCGCCAUUAGCCAGUACCGUCUGUGUGCCAAUAAUGACCUGGACAGACAAUGAUAUGCCUUACACCUCUUCAUCGUUAAAUGGCAUUAUUUAUUUACGUCUUUGCAAGUAAGGUCUUGCUUUUAGCAUGCUUGUUGACGUGUGUCUUCAUACCUUGUUGACCCGAGACAUCACAGCGAAUAUUGCAGCAUCAGUGAUGACUGUCGUUUCAAUGCCAGCAGUGGAAAGGCUGGUAGCCAUUUCAUGGCCCUGAAGGGAGGGCAAAGAGAAGCUUACAGAUCAUUCUUAACCUUUUUAAAAAUAUAUUUCUAAUUUUUUUUAUCACUACAAAGGAGCUACUAAUGCAUUCUUAUGUGAUACUGCUCAGAUUCCCUUUUUUGUGAAGGCAAGUGAAGCACCUUGAGGUGAAAUCACCAUGAAAGGUGAUUAUAAAUUAUUUUUUUGCCAUUCAUAAUAAUGAUAAUAACAACUACUAGGAUAGAUGUUCACAAAAACUUAUCAAAGAGGAAUUCUGUGAGUCCAUCUCAGGUACCUGGCAGAAGGGCGCACAUUCGGCGACGAUGACAUGAAAUUUGCGUUUGCGCGCUGCAUCUUUGAGGAAGGCUUCCACAGUGCGUGAGCGCCCUAUGGUCAUGAUGACCUCGUUGGAAUGAAUGUGUUCCAGAGCCUGCAUGGCGAUGUUGUCUGUGGUUCCCUCUAGGUGACAAAAAGACAUUUUAGAGUGGUGUGUUUUCAGUUAA